AUGUCCACCACAACAACACAGCCGACCACAGCCGUUCCCUCAACCUCCAUGUCUACCUCUGCCUCCGACUCCGCCUCCGACUCCGCUCCAACCCAAUCCCACACCGACCCAUCCACCACAUCAACAAAACCAGAAAAUGCAGUGCAACCACCCGACAUCUCUUCCCCACACCAGUUGAUCGAUUGGGUAGACACGGUUCUAGGUCAACUUGAGUCUAGGUUCGAUGAUAUGAAUGGUCAAGUCACCUCACGGAUGAACGAGAUGAGUAGUCGGAUUGAUGCUUUGGAGAGUUCUAUACAGGCUACAGGGAAUAACAAUGACGCUUGA